AUGACCCUCCACAAGCGACACACUCAUGGUCGCGUCUUCGUCGGCGAAGAGGCUCGCGAGAUGCUGGCUAUUCACCGUCGCGACUCUCAUGGCAACAACAUUGUCAUGAACGUCCCGGAUGGCUUCGACUCGAAUGCGACUCCUACCGAUGUCACCACGACCAUCCAGCCAAUGACCACCCAGGUUUCGGUCAUCUACGUGACUCUCCCGCAGACCUUCUCUGGAUCAGCGGUCUACUCCACCAUGACCGGUUCUGACAAUGCUGCCGCGACCGGCGCUAACGUCGCUAUGUUUGGUGCUCAAGCCGGCAGCACUGCCUCUUCCACCGCCGCAUUCCCUACAUCGACCUCUGCCGCUGGAAAGACUGGAGGACAGAACAACAUCAACAACAACAAUGCACAGACUGCGACCGCCGUUGUCGGAUCACCUAUUCAGGCGACCAGCAACCCAACUGCUGCUGCUUCUUCGGAUGGAACUGCUCAGGACGCAGGUAUGAGUGGCGGCGCCAAAGCGGGUAUGGCGUUUGGUAUCCUUUUCGCCAUCGCCCUGGUCUGUGGCCUGCUUUUCUUCUGCUGGCGUCGCAAGAAGAACCCCAAUGGGCACGAGGAGAUCGUUGACGAGAAGCACACUAGCUUUGUCGAUGCCAAGGCGAAGAGCAUGGAGACCCGCAACCGAACCUCCGUCGAGAGCGAAAAGGCCCCCGCCAGCGUUCGCUCCUCCCGCACUGCGACCACCGCUCCUCGCUUGAGUCUCCGUCCUGUCACUCAGUUCCUGCCCAACUUGGGCGGCAACGAGGCCAACCACCGCAACACCACCGACAGCUUCCUCGCCGUAGGUGCUGCCGCCAAUGCUGGCUCCGGUGCUAAGGGAUCCGCCUGGGAACGCAAACCGGCCUCCGGGAACAAUGCGAACCCAUUCGAUGACGGCUCCGCUUCCGCUGCCAAAUCCCGCUCGCCCAGCCCCCAAGCCAACCCAUUCGAUGAGAACGAGGAGAAGUCUGCUGGCGCCGCCGCUUCCGCCGCCGCAUCAUCAUCCACCAAGCACUCUCCCAAGUCUUCCGUCGGCAGCGCUGACGGCUCUCAGUCAGGAGCUGCGAAAGCCGCCCCAGUGGUCGCUGGCGCCGCCGCUGCCGCUCAGGCUGCUAAUGGUGCUCCUCGAUCUGCUCAGGCUGGUCCUGGCCCUGCCCCUGGCCCUAACAAUGUCCACCGUGUCCAACUCGACUUCAAGCCCUCAAUGGAAGACGAACUCGAACUCCGCUCUGGUCAACUCGUUCGCAUGCUUCACGAGUACGAUGAUGGAUGGGCUCUCUGCAUUCGCAUGGACCGUAGCCAGCAAGGUGUUGCCCCCCGAACCUGCCUCUCGAAGCUCCCCGUCAAGCCCCGCCCGCAAGGUCCCCCACCGCAACAGCAAAUGGGUGGACCUCACAACGGCCCUCGCCCACAGCAGCGACCUCCCAUGGGCCCUGGCAUGCAGAACGGUGGUGGCCCGCGUCGUCCUUCGAACCCUCCGGCCAACAUGCAGCAACCUCCGGUCAUUGCUGGUGCCAUGUACCCUCGUCCCUUGACUCCCACUCAGGGCGGCAACCCUCAACAGCGACCACCGCAACAACAACAGCAGCAGCAACAGCCACAACGACCGCAACAGCAGCAGCGACCGCCGCAACAGCAACAGCAGCAGCAACAACAAGCUCCUCGCAGUGAUGCUGCCUCCCAACCGCCGUCAUCACCGCCGCGCAAGGUUGUCCCCGGCCAAGCCAUGUAA